CAAAAUCAUUUCAAAUGGUUCUCUCUUUUUUCCUUCAAUAAUAAGAACCCCCCCCCCCUUUUUUUUUUCGCCAAAGUGUACAUACAACAACCAACAUGAGAAGAAUCACGAAAGACGAGUUGAUCAUGAGCUGUACAGAUAAAUCAGCAUUUAUCAUCUCCCAAGAACGACUCGGAAAGACAACAAUCGUACCAAGGAGAGGAAGAGCCCCUCCUGUACGGCUGACCAGCUUAGCCGAUCGAUGGCGAGGGGUGGAGUGGCUCCAAAUACAUCUGAUGUGUACAAUAUCUGAGCCACAGAUUGCAGCCGUGGUAUUUUGGAGAGGAGCAGAGGGCGAGACGAGCAGAGGAGAUAAAUUGGAGGAAUGUUUAGAAAAUGGGAGAGGCAGAGAGAGAGAGAGACAGAGAAACUCGAAAAGGAAAGGGGAUGGGGGAUGGCCGGAAUGUGAAAUCAAGAGAUUUUUAAUGAAAGCAAAAGAAAAAGGAGACUGACCCGGACGAGGAUUGAGAUCGGGAGGCUGGUGGAGGUGUUCAGACAUGAUGAUGAUGAUGGCGUGGGUAUCUUGUAAUCAACCAAGAAGGAGUUCUGUGAGGGAUCUUCUGAAAGUCGAUCAAAAAAAAAGCAAGCUUCGGGUGUUACAAUUGAUGUUGUUGAGAAGAGAAAGAGAGGAAAGGCGGUUCUGUGCGCGGCUGGAUUCUUGAGGGAUCGAAUUAAUUUUGAGGAGGUGUUUUAGUUUUUUUUCGAGUGUGCUAGUGUGUGAGGGUGGAAGAGGAUGGUUCGGGACGGCCCAGACGAAGGUGUAAAAGUGUGUAGAAAUGCUAGCGGGGGUAAGGGUAGCCGAGCUGGAGAUCUGUCGAGAGUGAAGGGUUGCAGGGGCUUGAGUUAUUGAAAGGAGAGCAGGGAGGGGAAGAGGAAGAAGACGAGGAGGAGGAGGAGGCGAUAAGGAUCAAAGGGGUGGAUAUGGUGGUAAAGAAGGGUCUUGGGAUUUCAAAACCAGCAGUACUUCUUGUAAGAUUUCGUCAUGCAGUGACUGUCCUUCCCCACUAGUUGAGCCAAUGAUCUUACACUGAGAUCUCAGACACAGGACCUCGGUUCUCAACACCCAGAGAGAAAAAAAACCACUAAUCGAGUAAAAAAAGGAUGCUUAAUCUUUGUUGGUUUCUAAUCGGCCGGUGUGUGUGUGUGUGUGUCUGGGGAAGUACAGUUGGAGACAAACUCGAUGCGGACGAUGCGGUUUUGGGUGCCGGUGCCCUAUAACAAAACCCGAAUAUCGAGUGUGCUUUGUGUUUCUCUUGAGCUUUUUACAAGCAACAGAUCGCUUUCACAAUCUUCAAGCACUACAGCGAAUGAGACACCAGCAACAACAUGA